UCUCUCUUUCUCUCUCUCUCUCUCUUUCUCUCUCUCUCUCUCUUUCUCUCUCUCUCUCUCUCUCUCUUUCUCUUUUAUUACACCAUGGCGUCGAGAUCAUCGACCUUUUCCUGGAUGCUGCGAUAUCUUCUGCUGUCGUCCUUCGUCUUAUGGGACUCGACCAUAGCCCGUGGGACUAAACGUGGACUUAAGCAUGGUCAAAUCGGUCCACACGGGACAAGCAAAAGCCUAAAGAAUAGCGGUCUCUUUCCGUCAACCUUUAAUGUCGCCGCUAAAGCUGAAAUAUUUGUUAAUGCAACCUGCGGCGAGGAUGGGCCAGAAACUUUUUGUAAACCUUCGGAAUCGUCGAGAUGUGCCGUCUGUGAUUCGAGAAGUCCUGACCCAGGAAAAAGACACAAUAUCAGCCAUGCCUUAGAUUCUAAUCCCGGUAGAUGGUGGCAAAGUCCUACCUUAGCUAGAGGAGAUAAUUACGAAUACGUCACUAUACUUCUCGAUCUUAAACAAGUCUAUCAAAUCGAAUAUGUGAUCGUGAAAGCAGCGAAUUCUCCGAGACCAGCUGCAUGGAUACUCGAGAGAUCGAUCGAUAACGUGAACUUUCAACCCUGGCAGUAUUACGCACCAAGCGACCAAGAAUGUUGGGCGAGAUAUUCGGCACCACCUGUGCCUGGUAAGCCGGUUUAUGACGAUGAAGUCAUUUGUACGAGCAUUUACUCCAGGUCGACGCCUAUGGAAAACGGUGAAAUUCAUACGCAUCUGAUUAAUGGUAGACCCGGUGCCCUAAAUCACAGUACAACCCUUCAAGAAUUUACACAAGCGAGAUACGUCAGACUUCGUUUUCAAGGUCUACGAAGGAACGGCGUUGUAAUAGCCGAUAAAAGAAAAGCAUUUUAUUCGAUCAAGGAGAUCAAUAUCGGUGGACGUUGUCUAUGUUCUGGUCAUGCUGCUCGUUGUCGAUACAGUGUGCAACAUGGGCAUCAAGAAUGUGAAUGCGAACGUCACACGUGCGGUGAAAGAUGCGAAAAGUGUUGUCCCAUGUACAAUCAAAUACCAUGGAGGCCCGGUACCGCCUCCAAGGGCUUUCAUUGUGAGAAAUGCAAUUGCAAUGGACAUGCAACGUCAUGCGUUUACGAUCCGGAAGUCGCCGAUAAGAGGAUGUCUAUGGACGUUCGAGGGAAGUUUCGAGGGGGCGGUGUUUGCGUCAAUUGUACGGAACACACGUCUGGUAUCAAUUGUGAGAAAUGUCAAAUAGGUUACUAUAGGCCUAACGGUGUUGCACCCGAUGCAUCUGAACCCUGUUUGCCCUGUGACUGUAGCAUUCAUGGUAGUACAGGUUAUUGUACACCAGACGAUUCUUAUACACAUAUGGGAAAGGUAGCAGGUGCCUGCGAGUGCAAAUCCGGCUAUUCGGGAUACAAAUGUGAUCAAUGUGCAGCGGGUUAUCGUCAGUAUCCUGAUUGCAUGCCAUGCCCAUGUGAUUCACGGGGUAUCCUGCCGUCUCACGAUUGCGAGGGUGAUUGCCUAUGCAAGGCCAACGUCGACGGUGAAUUUUGCGAUCGAUGCAAAUCAGGAUACUUUGCAUUGACCAAGGAUAAUCUUGAUGGUUGCGUAUCUUGCUACUGUUUUGGUGCAACUGAUCGUUGCGUUGCCGGGAAGCUCUAUUACACGAUGAUAUCUUCGUUAGAAAAUUGGUUGAUUACCGAUAUGAAUGGUUCAUUAGGAGUAGUACCAACAUUAGACACAGACAAUGGUUGGCUGACCGUGGCUGCGUUCGAGGUCGAAUAUGAAAGUCCGUAUUGGUUAGCUCCACGAAUCUAUACGGGAAAUCGUCUUUCAUCUUACGGUAGUAAUCUAACAUAUACCGUCACCUGGGUCGUCAUGCGUGGCGAUACCAGUGGCAAGCCUACCACCGAACCCAACGUUAUUUUAGUCGGUAACAAUGGCAUGCGCAUAGCUUAUGGCGAGGAACAGUAUAACGGUCAAGAGGCGGAGAUAUCCGUGGCCUUGACCGAGCAAGGCUGGUACCAUGUGCGAAGUGAAGUCCGAGACAUUCCUACAAGACUAAGGAGAACCGAUUUUCGCGGCGAUCCUGUCAGUAGAAUUCAAAUGAUGCAUGUAUUAGCUGAUCUAAAAUAUCUCAUGAUUAGAGCACAAUAUCAUUCCGAACAAAUCGAAGGAAGGUAUGACGAUAAUCAUAACAUUUUCCUUUUCCUGAUUACUCUAUCCAAUCUAUAUUCAUUUUUAAUGAUUAUCUUAAUUUAUUAUUUCAGUCUUCUAUCUGCAAUCCUUCCGGUAGGUGAUCCCGUACGAUCGGAAGAUGGUAGUCAAAGUCUCGUAGAAAUCUGUGAGUGUCCUAAAGGAUAUACAGGUCUAUCUUGCGAAAAUUGUUCCUGGGGAUACGUGAAAGUGACGAGCAAUGGUUCUAAUCAUCAGGAUUAUCAAAUUUGCGUUGAGUGUGAUUGCAAUGGUCAUGCUUCUUCUUGCGAUCUUGUGAUGGGCGAAUGUAAGACCUGUGAGCAUUAUACGGUCGGUCCAAAAUGCGAUCGAUGUUCAACAGGAUAUUAUGGGAUUGCAACGAAAGGGACAUCCGAAGAUUGUAAAAAAUGUGCUUGUCCAUUGUCCAUCGAGUCAAAUAACUUCAGUCCAAGUUGUCAAUUGGAGGAUCCCACGGACGAUAAUAGCGGCUAUGUUUGUACUCAAUGUCCCGAAGGAUAUACAGGCGAUCAUUGUGAAAGCUGCGACGUGGGCUUUUAUGGUAAUCCAUCGACUCCCGGUGAUACCUGUAAGCGAUGUCCUUGCUCAGGUGGACCGUGCGAUCAGGAAACAGGACGUUGUUUAGAAUGCCGUGGUAAUACCGAAGGUUGGAAAUGUGAAAGAUGUAAGGAGGCUCAUUAUGGGGAUCCAUUACGUCAAAAUUGUCUACCAUGCAAUUGUGACCCGAUUGGCAGUGGUUUCGUUCAUUGCGAUCGGAUGAGCGGUCAGUGUCCCUGCAAGCCUUUGUUCUCUGGUCGUGACUGUUCCUUCUGUAUUGAGGGUUACGGAAACGUGAGUGCACGUUGCCAACUAUGCGAAUGCGACGUGGGUGCCCUCGACGAACUUUGUGAUCCUGUAACUGGCGAGUGCAGGUGUUCUGAGGGUGUAGUUGGUUCACAUUGCGAUAGAUGCGACAUCGAUCAUUAUGGUCUGUCAACAAGCGGUUGUCAAGGAUGUCGUUGCAACAUGAUAGGUUCGAUCAGUACGACAUGUGACAUAGUAACUGGUCAAUGUCAAUGCAAAUCUCACAUAAUCGGUAGACAGUGCGAUCAAUGUCAGACAGAUUAUUGGGGCUUGACAACAGGAACAGGAUGUGUCCCAUGCAAUUGCGAUCCCAUUGGGUCUUUCAAUUCUUCCUGCCAACAAAAUACAGGAUUAUGUUAUUGUAGAUCUGGCGUGGCUAGCCCACGUUGCGAUACUUGUCUUCCUGGUUAUUACGGUUUCUCAUCGAAUGGAUGUCAACGAUGCGAUACCUGUGUGAGACCAGGACAUAUUUGUGAUCCCGACACAGGACGUUGUGUAUGCCCAAGCUUGACCUACGGUGAACACUGUGAUCGAUGUAGACCAGGUUCAUGGAACCUGAUUCCAGGAAUUGGCUGCAAGCCAUGCGCUUGCACUUUAGGCUCGAUGAGAUCUCAGUGCGAUCAUCGAGGCCAAUGCGUUUGCAGGAUCGGCUACGAUGGCCUUAGAUGCGAGAGAUGUGCUAAAGGUUAUUAUGGUUAUCCAAGAUGUCGUCCCUGUGGAUGCAACACUGCUGGAAUUCUCUCUUGUGAUGGAGAGAUCUGUGAUUGCGAUGAAAAUGGACAGUGCCCGUGCAAGGAAAAUGCCGUUGGCAGACAAUGUAAUCGAUGCAAGAAUGGUACCUUUGGCCUGGCAAAAGAUAAUCCAAAAGGUUGUACCGAAUGCUUUUGCUUUGGUAGAAGCAAACAUUGUCAACAGGCUGGUUUCAGCUGGGGAUUGAGAAGAAUUAAAAAACCUAGAACUCUUUUUAUUAACGAAUCGGUCAACGACAUUAUGAUCACUGAUUCGGGCUCGACUUUUGUUUAUUCGAAUAAUGAAUUAGAUGUCAUGAAUGGUUUGACAAUAAUUCCUAAUACCGAAGGGGAUGUUAUACUUCCAGCUAAUUUGUAUUAUAAUUAUUAUCUUUAUUGGAAACUUCCGGAAACGUUUCUACGCGACAAGGUUGCAUCUUACGGUGGAUUAUUACGUUUUGCUACGUCAACUGAUGGUGGUAUAUCAUUGAGGUCGGCACAUAAAUAUCCACUUGUACAACUACAAGGAAACGAUAGGAUCAUCCUAGAAUAUUAUUUGCACUCGCCUGUUAAAGAUAAUCGCUAUGAAGUCAGAUUUCAUGAGUCCUUAUGGCAAUUACACGGCAGACCAGAUUACAAAGUUACCAGAGAGGUUUUGAUGGUCGCUUUACAGAAUGUGCAACAUAUCUUCAUAAAAGCAACAGACAAUGCGGACUUCACUAAGACGACCCUUUUGGAAGCAUCCUUGGAAGCUGCAGUGUUAACUCACACUCAUUCUCCACCAUUGGCAAGUGGCGUUGAGAUUUGUCAAUGUCCUCCGGAAUAUAACGGCACAUCUUGCCAAGAUCCAAGUAUAGGCUUCUAUAGAUCGUAUGAAAACACAACCGUCACGUCUACUAUAGUAAUCGAUCUUGUCGGACAAGCUAGACGUUGUCAGUGCAGCGGUAGAUCAGAGAUAUGUGACAGAGAGACGGGAUAUUGUCAAAAUUGCAGAGGCAACACUAUCGGUCCAAGAUGUGAGAUUUGUGCGGAUAGCUUUUAUGGACAUCCUGAGAUCGGUGGUUGCAAACCUUGUCCCUGUCCACAGAUUGAUAAAAGAUUCUCAAGUAGCUGUGUCGUUCGUGCUGAUAGUGAACCAAUUUGUCAUUGCAAGCCUGGUUACACAGGUAGAAUGUGCGAACGAUGUACUCACAAUUAUUAUGGUUUCCCUAAUCUACCUGGUGGCCAAUGCAUACCAUGCAAUUGCAAUCUAGCAGGUAGUACCAGCGACAAAUGCGAUGAAAAGACAGGACAAUGCAAUUGUAGACAAGGUUCAACUGGAAGAGAUUGUUCUCAAUGUACAGCUUAUCGUCACGUUUACAUCGAUAACGUUUGCACGUCAUGUGACGACAAUUGUACCGGACUUUUAUUGGGCGACGUCGAUGCAAUGAUGGAAGAACUUGCAACUGGAACGUCUCACAUCGCUGAUGGUUAUGUACCUCCUCCCUGGGAGGAACUAACUUACGUCGAAUCUAAUACGAGUCUUCUACUAGACCAGUUGAAGCUGCAAAGCCAGCUUAAACAGAGAAUGAAGAACGUGCCCUGGUACGAAUACAAAAAGCUCAUGAAAAACGCUGAAACUUUGUUAAGAAAUGCGAACGAUCAUGCUAAUCGUGGCACUUUGUGGAAGAACAAAUCGAACGAUCUGAAAAAUAAUAUUUUCAGUGCACAAAUUGAGAUUAGGAAUCUUCACGAACGUAUCGAAGACACUAUCUCGCGAUUAAAUUCUUAUGGCGAUGAUAACAAAAGGGUUGAAAUCAAAAAAGUCUUGGAAAUGGCAAAGACAAUAUUGCACGAUCUGAAGAAUGUAAAUUUACCAAAGAAAACUGUGAAAAUUCAAGAAUUUAUCAAAAAUACCGAGGAUUAUAUCGAAUGGUUAAAUUCAGUUUGCAACUCAAUGGAACCAAUAAUGAUAGCUCAAGAAGACACUGAUGAUUUCACUUUGAAAUUGAACGAUAUGAAAAAAAUUUUGGAAGAAACAAUGGAGAUUUUAUUUACUUACGACGGUCUUUAUACAAAUAUUAAUGAAACAUACGUGGAAUUUGAAAAUGAUUGUAAUCGAAUCAAUGCGUUCGCAAAAGAGAUCGACGCGAUAAACGAUAAAAUACAAUUGAUCGACGAAGCAAAAGGAUUCAUUAUCGACGCACAGAAUAAUCUUCAAGAUCUUCCAGAACUGAAAAAGAAAUUGUCCUUUUGGACCGAUAAAUUAUAUGAGAAAGAAGAAAUAUUGUACAGAUUAAAUUACGAAUAUAAUGAUAAAUACGUCGUUCCAGCGAUCGAACAUGCGAAGAAUUUGUCAAAUUAUGUGGACGAUUAUGUUAGUCUGUUUUCGGAGACACGCGACAUAGCGGCUAGCCCGCUGAAGGCGAGUCAAGCUUACAAGAACAUUGUUGAUAGCUUGACAAGAGCUAAUGAUACUGCAUUAAUGGCAAAAGAGACAGCAGAAAAUAUAAAUACUCAGAUUUUUCCAAACGGAAAAGAAUCGAUAUCUAUGUUGGACAAUUCGAUAGAUGUUUUACGUGGUUCAAUUGAACAAUUAAAAAAAACCAAUGAUAUGAAGGAAUCCGUCGAAGAUUCGUCGAACAAAACUGAAUUACAGGAAGCUGCUGUGAAACUUUUAAAAAAUACUUUAAACAAUACUGGUAUACGUGAUAAUAAAAUAAAUGUAAAAUUGAGAGAAGUGCAGAGUGAAAGCAAAGCGUUGGAAGAAAAAUUAGAAAAAGUUAUGCAGGAUAACAAUGAAGUUUCGGAAUCCGUGAACGACAUGCAAAGAUUAAUCGACGAUUACAAAAAAGGAAUUUCCGAUAGAUUGCAACCAAAAUUCCAAGAUCUUAAGAGAGAAGGAGAUUCGAAGAUCAGUUUGGCUAGUGAAAAAUUAUCAGAGGCUUUGAGUAACAUCAAAAAAGCAGAUGCGAAGCUAAUAAGUUUAUCAAAUGCUGCGGUGAAACGUAAAAGUGUUUUCGAUAAAUGGAAUGAUACGUUAACGUCCAAGCUACAAAAUCUAAAAGACAAGAUUGCCGAGGCUAGAAAUACCGCUGAAGGGAUUCGAAUUUCGGUAAAAUCGAUGGAAGACAAAAAAUGUGUUAGAUCUUAUAGAUUAACAACUCUUCAGCCAUCCUCGAUGACAAAUAUAGUAAUGACUUUUGCUAUUCCCGAUAAUAGAAAAGAUGGAUCUUUACUUUAUUUACCAAGCAGUAUCAACGACGAUUUCAUGGCUUUAGAAAUGAUCGAUAGGAAAGUGAAAUUUUUAUGGAAUGUAGGAGGAGGUACAGGAAUUUUAACACAUCCUGAAAUCAUCGAAAGUGGUAAACUCAAAGAAGAUAGAUUUUGGUAUCGAAUCGAAGCCGAAAGAAUACGAAACGUCGGUAAGCUCAGUGUUCGAAAACAAUCUUCAACAACUGGAAGGUAUCUUCCUGUGAUGAAUUCAACGAAUCCAGAAUAUGGACGAUUCGAUAUCAUCAGUAUGGAUCGUGUCUGGUUAGGAGGCAUACCAGAAUCUCAAAGAAGACCUGUUGAAGUCACUGCUGUUAAUGGUUUACCUGCUUGUGUUCAUCAGGUCAUUCUCGAUGGUAAACCUAUUGGUUUGUGGAAUUUUAUUACAACUGCACCAGAUAUGGCCUGUGAAGCUUGCAUGGAAGGAACUGAGGAUAUCAGGGAUGACAUAGCUUAUAGCUUUAAUGGUGAAGGCUAUGCUGUUAGAAAUAAAGUAUCAUCUGGUCCUUACAACAAAUAUACAUUUGGUGUCUCUAUCAGUUUCCGUACAUAUGAUGAAAAUGCUUUAAUCUUCUUAGCAAUUAAUGAAGACAACAACCAACAUAUCAUGAUAUUUCUUCGAGAAGGAAGAGUCAUUCUUCACAUUGGCUAUGGUGGUAACGUUAGCAUCGCAAUGUCCUCCACUUACAAAUACAAUAAUGGUAAUUGGACAACGGUAAAUGCCUUUAGACAAUAUCAAUUACGUAAAAGUAUCGAGAAAUGUAGUUUAAACGUCGGUGAAGAAAAUGAUAAGAAGAUGGGAGCACCAACACCUCAGCCUAAAAAAGAAGAUAUUCCAGAUUUAGCGGAAGCUAAAUAUUACUUCGGUGGUGUACCACCUAGUUUUAGAGCUGAAAAUAUAAUACUACCAUCUCAAGUAUCAUUUCUUGGUUGUAUGUCUAAUAUUAUUGUACAAGAAGGCUAUGAUCCUAUGGUUGAACAGUAUUAUGGUAUUGAACCAACUUGCGCGAACAAGCCAUUAAGAAUAGUAGGAUUUUAUGGAAAUGGUUAUCUCGAGCAUUCCUCUUAUACUUUGCGUAAAAUAAGUUCGUCUAUGAGUUUUUCAUUUAGAACUUUACAAGAAGAUACUCUAUUAUUGUUAUCCACGUUCCAAGGUCAAGAAGAAAGAUUAUACAGUCCACAAGACAUUAAUGAGGAUAUAACGAGAGAAAAUUAUUAUUCCGUCUGUGUGAUGAAAGGACAAGUUGAAGUUCGUUUAAAUGCUGGCAAAGGAGAACUUGUUCUUAGAUCUAACAAUACUUUCAAUGAUGGAAGAUAUCAUACUGUUACGAUUAUUAAAAGAAGAAAGGAAGUUGAGUUGAGGAUCGAUGAUGCUUACCAAAACACUGGAAGAUUACCUAGCAGUGCGGCUAUUAAAGCUCCUGAUUCUAAUGGUGGCCUCUUCUUUGGUGGACUUCCAGCUUUGAUUAAUAAUACAAAAAUGGUGGCUACUAAAAUUCCUCUUUAUGGUGCAAUUAAAGAUGCCAUCUUCAAUGAUGAAAUUCUAAGAUUCGACGAAGUCACGUCGUUCGAUCAUGCACUGAUUGGUAGACCAGGACCUAGCAUGGGUAAAGAUCUUCCUAAUUACACACCUUCUGCCUCAUUGUCAAGGGGAAUGUCUACUCAGCCUGAGGGUUGUCAAAAAGUUCCAUAUUAUUCUUUGGAACCGGGAGCAUUAAAAUUUGGUGACAAAUCGCACAGCCAUACUCAGCUCUAUUUGAACUUCAAAAAAUUUUGGGAAAAAAAAUAUACCAUUGAGUUUGACUUUAGGACUUAUUAUCCCAAUGGUUUAUUAUUUAUUACACCGGGACUUAGAUUAAAGCAUUAUUUGAUGAUCGUGAUUAGAGAUGGACAACUUUUGCUUCUUGUCAAAUGCAAACAGAAAAAGGAGAUCUUAUUUAAGACACCAUUCAACGAUGGAAAUUGGCAUCACGUUGUAUUGAGCCACGAUGAAAGAAGGCUGACACUUGUUGUGGAUACACAAACACCUCGUACAAUCAAAGUACCUAAAAAGAUUGGAUUAGCUCCGAUGAUGUAUAUUGGUGGAUUACCAGAAAGUGGUACUCCAUUACCAGAACAAAUUGUGGUGAAAUUGGAGACUCUUAAAGGAUGUAUAAGAGGCUUAAGAGUUAAUGGAAAUAUCUAUGACAUGGUAGGUUCUACCAGUCGAGCUUAUAAUGUUGGUCAAUGUUUUCCUAGUGUAGAAAGUGGAGCUUAUUUUCAAGAUGAAGCUUAUGCAAUUUAUAAAAGAAAUUUUGAAUUGGGAGCAGUAUUAGAACUUCAGCUAGAAUUUAGAACUUCAGAAUUAUCAGGAGUUUUACUUUCUAUAACUGCUCCUAGUGGCUCUCCAUCCUUAUCCUUGGAAUUGAAUAAUGGCAAAGUGAUCAUGUCUGGUGAUUUGGGAGAUAGUAAUCCAUUAUACGUGGAACAACGAUUUCCUAGUCCAUAUGCUAUUUGUGACAAUCGUUGGCAUCGUAUUCAAGCUGUUUAUAACGAUGAAGAAUUAGCAUUAAAGGUUGACGAUCUGGAUCAAAAAUAUGGAUUGCCUACUAAUGUUAAUUAUCAUUUCAUGGAAUCCACGACUUUAGGUCCUCUUUAUAUCGGUGGUUUACCAGCUUCAGCUAUGAAAGGAACGUUACUCACGCGAGAUCAUUUCAAUGGAUGCAUAAGAAACGUAAUGAUAGGAGGAGAGAGACGAGAUUGGACAGAUAUGGCUGAGCUACAUAAUAUACAUUUGAGUUCUUGCCCGAUACAAUGAUGUAACAUGUAUUAGAUGCAAAUUUGAAGUGCAUCGAAUCAAUCCAAAGACUGUUACGAGGCAGACGCGCAACGUAGUGACGAAUGUUCUUAUGAAUCCUUUGAUAAAUUAAUCGUUAAAUACAGAGGUAAGUGCCAUAACGCGACAAAGGGAUUAAUAAUCCUUAAGACGUAAGACUUAGCGAAGCCAAAAGAUGCUAAAAUAUAAAAUCUAUUAAGCUCUAAAGUUAGUAGGAAACUUGAUAUCAGUCUGCGUUUAGAAAUCAUGGCACAAAAGCUCGUCACACAAUAUCCACAAUUGUGUAAACAGUAAUUUCAAGAAAGGAAAAAGAAAAAAAAAAAAUAUAUAUAUAUGUAUUUAAACAAAUCACUGCCCAGUGUUGGACAAUAUUUAAUUUAAUUAACGAUUAAAUGUUUACUUAUAUUAAUCAUUGAUGUUUUAAACGUUUACACGUUAAAGAAUUAAUCGAUAAACGUAUAAAUUAUUUGAAUUAUUUUAUUCUACGUACGAUUAUAAAAUUAUGUCGAGCGUUACUUGACACAAGUUGUGUAAAAUUAAUCUCUAUUGUCACUUGACGAUCAUUGACACACUUUUACAUCUUAUCGUAGAAUCGUCCAUUAACGAGCUUCUUUGAAGACCAUUAAAUUUUUUUUCAUGUUUUAUCAUACAAAGCAGAAUCACUGACUAACUACUCCGUAUAUAUAUAUAUAUAGAAUCACUUAUCAUUUUAAUUAACUUUUUAAAUGUUGAUAAGAAAAUAAGAAAAAUAUAUAAUAAAGCAAAUAUUUAUUUCAUGGCAAUGAGAACUUAAAUUGUUAAUCAUUAAUUCAAGUAAUGAUUAAAUUACCAAUUUAAUCUUUAAUUGCAAUUGAUAAUUUGAAUAUUUUCAAUGUAAUCAUUAAUCAAUAAUUGAAUUAAAUAAUACAGAACACUGCCACUGCCAUAUAGAAUAAUUACAAAUACAUUUAUAGGAUAGACACAUUGUAAAUCAGUAUUUAAAGCUAUUAUUUAUUACCAAUGAUUUAUACAUACAUGUAAUUAUGAUUUCAAUUGAGCAUACUCAAUGCACUCGAGGAUUACUAUUAAUUGAUAGCAUUUAAAAAUAAGUAGAAUUAACUAAAUAAACUGUUUUAUACUUUUAUGGUGGUAUUAACUUAACAAUUGAAUUUAAUACUUAAGUAAAAUAAGAUGCGCAAUUUAAAAAAAGAAAAAA